GAGCUCUUGAAGACGCAUGCGCCAUCGCGCUUACUGCACAUCCUUGCCAGGCGUGCGUUGCAAAGGACACAUCACAACACAUCGUUGUGUGUAUGUUUACAUUCCCCACACUCGCUCUCUUUCGGAAAAUGGUUGUGUGAAAUACGUUACAAAGUUCAAUCGUCUUUUCCUUUCUUGAAUGCAUGGAAAAACGAGACUAAAUAAAGAUACUGUGAACCCUGAGGUGCUAUGCCAGUGGAACCAUCAUGCUGUACGUUCGUGGUGUCCGUAAUCAUUGGCCUGGGAUGGGUCGUUGGUGCUGUGAUGGCCUUGGCGUAUCUUAGUGACACUGACGGACUUUUCGUGUUGGUUGUGAUGUCUGUCAUGUUCAUAUGUGGGGCGACGUUUUGGUACAUCUACAGGGAGCGUGGCGGCGAAGCGGACUCACCCGAUGAGGACGAGUCCCUGGAGGGCGAGGAGGCCGCGGGGCAGGAGGAGCGCCCUUCGGCAGCCAGCGAGGAGCCGCCGCUCGAAGACGCCCCCCCGCCUUACGAGACUGUGAUCCUCCUUCCUCCUUCGUACGAGCAGCUCUACAGCAACGACCUCAUAUCGUCCAGUGACCUUACCAAAGCCAAGUCCAACACUCGCCUCUCGUGCCCUGACGUGGUGCCCGAGUCGUGACUUCUGACCCGGAGCGUCUUCGGAGUCGGGAAGGUGACGAGGGGGAGUGCCUCAGGUCGACCUCCUUCCUGCAGCGUCGUGGGCAGGGAUCUCGUCGUCGGAAAUGUGCGUCGUGGUAGCGUGUUUACAGAAGGGGCGCUGUGGGGAACAAAACCGUCCAUGUGAUCGCGCUUUUUCUUUUUUUAUAUGUAUAUCGUGGCAUUACUCUAGUCCUACUCUGGUCUUAGCCGAGUCAAACAGGCAACUUAAUUGAAGUACUUAUGUCUACAGUAGGGAUGGGCAGCAGUGAAGUUCAUGGAGCGAAUGGUUGUAACAGGGAAGAAGAGCAGGGAGUUUAAGUAAUGUGUAUAUGGAAUAGACAGCAGUAAAGUUCAAGUGACGUAUACCUGUAACAGGGAAGAAAAACAGUCAAGUUAAAAUAAGCAUUUGAAGUCUUAAUUAUAAUAGAUGAACUGACGGUACACCUGAAUUGCCAGUUUGGGGAAUCAUACCAGUUUUCAUUAUAGUGUUUAGAACUGAAAUACUUUCUAAAAUAGAAGUUGUGUUUGCAAACGAAGUACUCAUUUUGCAUUGGCCUAAAUUCAGGUUCGUACUGCCAGACAUUUAAGUUUACCCAGUGCAUGAAGCGCUAUGGUUUUUAUGUAUUCAACUAUUUUUUCUAAAGUAAUUGAAGUCCUUUGUUGUUAUAACAGUA